CAUAAAUACACCCCUCCAUCCCUACUUUGUGUAGAGGUAGUUGGGCGAUCGGCAUGGCAUCAGCAUGAGCUCUCCUCCUCCUCCUUCCUCCCUCUAGAUAGAAAGCUGCUGCUCCCAUCCACAGUGCUGCCCAUCCAAACGAGAUGAGACUAAUGACUGGUAGGAGAUGGCUGGGUUCAUCCUCCUCCUCUUCCUGCUCCAGAUGGAGGGUUUCCACAUACACCAAUCACUUGUAGCGCCUCCUUCCGAAUCUUGUGUUGCAGUGUCACGCAGUGAUGCAACGCAAUCGGGAUAGGUAGCUAGCUGGUUGCUGCUAGGCAGACAGGUUGCAGGUGGUGUGUUGUUGUCUCACCUGUCACGUAGACGGUGGAUGGUCAUCAUGGCCGGGAUGCUCCCCGGUGUGGAAUGCGCGCGGCGGCGGCGAGUCCGGCAGGGCGGGUCGUCGUCAGGCGCGGCGGAGGCGCCGUGCGGGACGCGGCGGCCGUCCUUCUGCCUGUAUGCCGGCGGGCAUGACCAUGCUCACCUUGGCUCGUCAGGUUCCAAGGAGAGGAGCAGCGCGUGCAAGGAGAUGGCGCACGCAUGGACGUUGGACAGCAACACCCGGGAGGCGAAGGAGAGGCUGGAUCAGAAGCUCCGGAGCCAGAGAGAAUCUGUGGUCAAGAGGCAUCAGAGCACGGGCACCCUGCGACCCCCGACGACCAAACCACACGCCACGAGCAGCGGCACCGACGGCAGCAGCAACCACUCGGCUACGGCCGCGGCGCCCGAGGCUGUCACGACGACGACGAUGCCGUGCGCCCUACAAAGGGAGGUGUUCUCCAAGAACGGAGGAGGCGCAGCCCGGCGUCGGUUCAGCUGGAGCCGGCUGGGGCGGAGGUCAGCGCCGGCGGAGGAGGCGUCGGAGUGCGCGGUGUGCCUGGAGGAGCUCCGCGCGGGGGACGUGCUGGUGCACCUGCCCUGCGCGCACCGCUUCCACUGGGCCUGCGCCGUGCCCUGGGUCCAGGCCGCCUCGCGAUGCCCCGUCUGCCGCGCCCAAGUCCACCUCGCCUCCCCUAGCUGACCAACGAAUCAACCUGACGCGCGACGUUCCAGCCGGUCCGUUGUUUUCGGCUGGUUUGCUCCGCACGGCGGACCAAGGCAGGCGAUGCGAGACCGCGCACGGUGCUCGCAUGGCACAACCAGGCCAGGGACGCGCGCGCAUGAGGUGGGUGGCCGCGGCAGGCAGGCAGCGCGGGGUGCCUUGUCCCGAGGCGAGGCCGCCACGGACGGACGCCUGUGCUUGUGCGAUUGUCACGUGCCCGCUGUUCGUGUUGGUUGGUGGACUGGUGGUUGGUUGCGGGUGCAUCCUGGUUUGCAGAACGGUCGUGCGGUGCGGUGGUGAGGGGGGAGGCGUCAGAUGGUGCGCGGGGAGGGCCGAGGCCGGCCGGGCAGACGGUGCUGCAGAUAAACGAUCAAUGCACGGAAUACCGCUGAGAUGCAUGCGCGAACCAUGAUCUCACAGGGAGUAAAUUCGCCCGUGCCAGUUUGGACAGUUCAUUGAGGCCACUUGCCCAAUCCCUCCCAUCCUAAAUAUAAGUUUAUUUAGGUUUGUCCUAAAUAAAAAAAUUUAUAUCUGAUCAUCAAUAACAAAAAAAAAUGAUAACAUAAUGUUGAUAUUAUUA